AUGGAGGGAUACAAGUUAUAUCACUAUGAUCCCUCUCCCGGGGCUGCAAUAGCCUUCACAGCCUUGUUCGGCCUCACCACCGCCGGGCACAUCUGGCUGCUGAUUCGAAACCGGGCAUGGUACUUUAUACCAUUCUUCAUCGGUUGCGUCUUCGAAACACUGGGCUAUUUGGCAAGAUACUUCAGUGCAAAGGAAACCCCCGACUGGACCACCAAACCGUAUAUUGCGCAAAAUCUCAUGCUACUUUUGGCUCCCGCCUUCUUUGCGGCCUCAAUCUACAUGAUCCUUGGUCGUAUCAUUCGCUUACUGAAUGGAGCUUCAUGUUCACUGGUUAGGCCGUCAUGGUUGACCAAGAUAUUUGUCACGGGCGAUGUGCUUUCGUUUUUCAUCCAAAGUGGAGGAGGUGGCCUACUCGCUACUGCAAAGACCAAAUCGAAAGUCGACUUGGGAAACAACAUGAUCGUCGUUGGACUUUUCGUCCAGAUCGUCUUUUUCGGGUUCUUCAUCGUCAUCUCCCUAGUAUUCCACCGUCGCAUGCUCAAGACUCCCCUACACGCUGUUGGUGAUACACAACUUCCUUGGACUCGCUAUAUGAAAAUCCUCUAUCUGGCUAGCUGCCUCGUCAUGAUCCGAUCAAUAUAUAGGGUGGCAGAGUACGUCCAAGGUAGCGAUGGAUACCUCCAGAGUGAGGAAUCGUUUGUCUACAUUUUCGACGCGACAUUGAUGUUCUUGUGUUGUGUGCUUUUCAACGUCUUCCACCCGAGUGGCAUCCUUUCUGGUUACCAUAAAGCCCGGACAGAUCCGGACCUGGAAAUGCUCAAUCACACCGGAUAUCAUUGA